CAAAGAAAAUGCAAGGAGGACGUUGUCAAGCAAAAUCACGUCGACAGAAACACUCAGAUGAACUAACUGCGACGCCACAUACCUGGACGCACCACUCGGGUUUCAAAAGCUUCGACCUGGCCUACUACUUUACACAAACGUCUUCGCACUCAACUUCGAGAUCCAAACAUCGAGCUUCUUGCCAGACAGCUAUGCUAAGAGUAGCACAACAAUUUAGCCCUAUGCCAGGAUUCUCCUGUUUUGCUAUGUGAGAAUACCGUUUUAUUGUUGCAGUGCUGCAAUCUCAGAACUCGUGACUUCACAGUGGACAACCUGGAGCGUGUCUCUGUUGUCUUUGUGAGGACGGACGAUUAAAAAGCUGUCGUAAGUGCUCGGAUGCUAGCAGUUGUUACUUUGGCUCAAGACAGGACUUGACACAGUUUUGACAGUCAACCUGUUUACUUGGAGUCAUUUGAAUGGGGCGGAGCUGCUCGGUUCAUUUUCCCGUCUCAUAACUGGACCGGUGGCUGUUCACUGCUUCAAAGACGAUGUUGAGAGACGAAAUCCUGUUCGGCAGUCACUGGAAAUCGCGAUAUAAAAAGACAUUUGGAAUUGCUGCUGGAGUCCUCCUGUGGUUGUGUGUAGCACCGUUGGCUUGCGGCAGUGGCGAUCUGUGGGAGAAAAACAAUGUGAUCCAGAAAGAUGGCGAGUUUGAUGUGACCUAUAACGACACAGUUACGAGUGCAAAUCAGACGAUAUAUGCCUUCAACCACACUGUCUCCAGAACCAAGACGGAAGGAGUUCGUGUAUCCGUUGACGUACUGUCGCCGAACCUCAAGAGUCCUAUCCUGUUUGUGGUGAGACAGAAGCAAGCUGUGCUCUCCUUUCAGGUCCCCCUCAUCCUCAGAGGCCUGUACCAGAGGAAGUAUCCAUACAAUCAUUUAGGGCGCACAUUAUGCCAGCCUCCAACACGGGCUGCAUCAGAGAUCCAGUACUUCUUUGUGGAUGUGUCGACACUUUCCAGCCAGGGUACAAACUACCAACUUAGGGUCAGCCGCGUUGAAAGCUUCACAUUGCAGACCGAAACGAAAUUUAGCUUCACUUCAUCUCCUUCCCAACCUCAGUACUUCAAGUAUGUAUUUCCUGAAGGGGUGGACACUGUGAUUGUGAAGGUCACCUCGGAGAUGACCUUUCCCUGCUCCGUUAUGUCUAUCCAGGAUAUCCAGUGCCCCGUCUAUGACCUCGACAACAAUGUAGCCUUCAUUGGGAUGUAUCAGACGAUGACGAGAAAAGGUGCUAUCACAGUACAGAGAAAAGAUUUCCCCAGCAACAGUUUUUAUGUGGUGCUCGUGGUAAAAACGGAGGACGAGGCCUGUGGCGGUCCACUGCGCUUCUACCCGCUGCGCCCAGAUGAGCUGAUCGACGCUGGUAACCGCAGCAAAACCCUUGACAUUGUGGUCUCCCUUGCCAUAAAAUCGGACGUGUAUGUGAUGGGCAUGCUGUUGUGUCUGGGUAUUUUCCUCUCUUUCUACCUUGUCACUCUGCUGGUGGCCUGUCUGGAGAAGAAACGAGCCAAGAAAAGAGAGCUCUUUCAAAACAUUGAUGACACAUCACCCGCCGAGACAGCUUCUCUGCUGGGGAAAAAUGGAGAUGGCAAGAUUACAGCUUCACCAAAUGAAUAUGGCUCCCUCGACAGCACGAUCAGUUCAGAAGCAGUCACUGAGAGCGCCCCCUCUCUAGACAGUGCCGCUUCAGCUGACCACUACAUUGAACGGUCUGGAUGGAAAAAUGUUGGAAGAAGCAGACAGGAGUCAUUGAGCUCCAUCGAGGAAGAUGACUACGACACACUGGAUGACAUCAACUCGGACAAGAACAUUGUUCGCACCAAGAAGUAUCUUUGUGUGUCCGACCUGUCGCGCAAAGACAAGAGGGUCCUCAGCAAGAAAUACCAAAUCUACUUCUGGAACAUCGCCACCAUCGCUGUGUUCUACGCCCUGCCGGUCAUCCAGCUGGUCAUCACAUAUCAAACGGUUGUCAAUGUGACAGGGAACCAGGAUAUCUGCUACUAUAACUUCAUGUGUGCUCAUCCUCUCGGGGCUCUCAGCGCGUUCAACAACAUCCUGAGCAACCUCGGCUAUGUGAUGCUGGGCCUCCUAUUUCUCCUCAUUGUCCUCAAGAGAGACAUCGUCCACGGUCGAGCCCUAGCCUGUAAUGAAGUCGGCGCACUGGAAUGUGGCAUCCCCAAGCACUUUGGUCUUUUCUACGCCAUGGGCACCGCUCUCAUGAUGGAGGGUCUACUCAGCGCCUGCUACCAUGUCUGUCCAAACUACACCAACUUCCAGUUUGACACGUCUUUUAUGUAUAUGAUCGCUGGCCUGUGUAUGCUGAAGCUGUAUCAGAAGAGACACCCUGACAUCAACGCGAGCGCUUACACCGCCUACGCCUGUCUGGCCGUAGUCAUAUUUUUCUCCGUGCUCGGAGUGGUUUUCGGGAGAGGAAAUACUGUGUUUUGGAUCGUUUUCUCAGUCAUCCAUAUAUUGGCCACGCUUCUCCUCAGCACACAGCUCUACUACAUGGGUAGAUGGAGGCUCGACUCUGGCGUUGUGCGCAGGAUGGUUUAUGUCGUCUACACAGAUUGUAUUCGACAUUGCACCGGGCCCACAUACAUUGAUCGCAUGGUUCUGCUGGUGAUGGGGAACUUGGUCAACUGGUCCCUCGCUGCCUACGGUCUCAUCGAGAGACCCAAUGACUUUGCCUCCUACCUGCUGGCAAUCGCCAUCUGUAACCUUCUACUCUACUUUGCCUUCUACAUCAUUAUGAAGUUGCGUAGCGGUGAGAGAAUCCAGUGCCUGGCGCUGGUGUGUAUUCUCUUCACGGCUGUGGUGUGGGGCUUUGCGCUCUAUUUCUUCUUCCAGGGUCUCAGCACCUGGCAGAAAACACCGGCCGAAUCACGGGAGCACAACCGGGACUGCAUCCUGCUUUCAUUUUUCGACGAUCACGAUAUUUGGCACUUCCUCUCUUCCAUCGCCAUGUUCGGAUCCUUCUUGGUUCUGCUUACCAUGGAUGAUGACCUCGACACUGUCCAGAGAGACAAGAUCUACGUGUUCUAGAUUGAACAAACCCGUGAAACGCUUUUCUCAUUUGCCUUAUAUUCCUCUUUGGUCCGUCCACGUGCAAAAGCAGAGCCUUCCCGGCCGUCAAUGUGCUGCUCAGGGCGCGACAAGGUCGCCCCCUCCCUCCAAUCAACAAUUCAACCGAUGCUGAACAUUUUUCUUAUCUCGCUGCCAUCAGUAAUGUUGUUGUUGUACUUGAUGUUUACCAUCUACGUUUUAGAUGACAGGCUCAUUUGCUAAAACUACAGCCUGAUUCCAAAUGAUUAUUCACAAUGUAUUGAAAGUUAUUUAUGACUCUAAAUGAAUGUUUAUAUGCUCUAACAGUAUUUAGUAGUGUUUUUACAAACAGCAACGGCAGUCAGUGUUGUGAUCGUGUGAGUCACAAAGAACCCAGCCGAUGCAAUUAUAUUGCCAUGAUUGUAUCAGAUAUGAUGCAGUUAUUUUUUUUUUUUUUUUUUUUGCACUAAAAAAAGAGGUUAUUGAAUAAAGGUUCCAUGUCAGAUA